AUGAGCAGCAUGACUCUUGUCACCAGACCGCGGGAAGUGCGGGAAGAUGAACAUUACAUUGAUUUUGGAAACACGCAAAGCUUUGCGGCAACCAAAUGGUCCACCGCUGUAGAAGCCCAGGAGAUCACGGCCGCAGAUUGGCACAAAGCAAGAAACGUAGAUAACUACGAUGAGUUUGGCAACUGGCUUCGGCGAUGCAUCCAAGACAGCAAGAAUCCCCAGCAGAGGAGCUAUCUCCAGUCUUUGAUCUUGAUCGCUCGACCCAUGUACGGAUUCAUUUUCACUUUCGAGAAGCUCGUCGCCCCGGAAAAGGUGGAUAUGUCCAUCAUCUGGGGUCUGAUGUUUAUCAACAUAAACCUCGCUUUGCAACAAGCCGAGAAACUGAAACGUCUGACCCCAUGGCUUCUCUCCUUGAAGCGGUCCAUGGAAGCGCUCAACCAAUGCGUGGAAAACUUCUCGGAUGAGAAUAGCGCAAGACAGCAAGUCACCGAUGUCUUCGACCCCUUGCUAAACCUUCUCACCGGCAUGAUCAAAUUUCAGCGAACGUAUCUUGCAGGCAACAUGAAAGAGUUUGUUACGCAAAACAUUGAUCAAAUCGACGACGUCAUCUAUCACUUUCGUCAAAUCAGUCAACACAGCAAAGCUGCACAAGAGUUGAGUGUGAGCAGACAUUCUCACUGGGGAGUGCCUUUCCGCGAGCAGACCAAUCCCUACGACCGCGCGGCAUUUCCUCUUGACAAUCUGCCAGACAUCCGUACCGAACACUUCUACGGCCGUGAAUCUUCUAUCGAGCAUAUCCAUAACCACUUGGGAAAUCAGACAAACGAAAAACUUCGCACAUACCUUAUUUAUGGUUUGAGAGGGGUUGGAAAGACCCAAAUCGCCCUUGAAUUUGCUCGUCGCUACAAGUCCAAGUUCGAUGCUGUCUUCUGGAUUCGUUGCGAGACCAGCGCUUCUUUGCGACAAAGCUUUUCGGAUAUCGCAGUCAGACUCGAAUUGUCUUCGGCUGAUCAGAUGGUCCGGUUUGAAGAGAAUCAGCUCAAGGUUCUGGAAUGGUUCAAGAAGACAAACAAAACCUGGCUUCUGAUCUAUGAUAACGCUGAGCGAGAGCAAGCGCUGAAUUCGUACUGGCCUAGAGAGUCCGUCGGCUCAGUCUUAUUGACCUCGCGUUCGUACUACAACUUUGAACACUCAGAGCGUCGAGAAGGUGAAACCAUCCCUGUCUUCUCCGACGAAGAACGGUGGGAUCUACUCAUGGAACUUCUUGGGCCUGAGUGGCAGCAUCGGCAUCUGGGCGGUGCUAAGGGCCGACUUGAGCGCGAAGCUGCCCGCAAGUUACUCGAACACCUGGGAGGACUUGCUCUUGCCAUCGCUCAGGCAUCCAAACUCAUUCUGGACAAAGAGUUGACAGGUGACCAGUCGAUAGUCACACUCCUAGAGAUCUUUGACAAGGCCAGUAAACAGCUACCGCCCCGAUUUUCCGGUCACAGAAACGAAAAGAUCCACGCACUCGACACUAUAUGGUCCAUCGCUCUCAACACGGUCUCAAGGAAUGCAAGGAGCUUGCUCAGCGUCUUCUCUCUACUUGCGCCUGAUUCGAUCCCUGUUGACCUCUUCCUUCCUGGAGACCAAGCGCGCCUCGAUGGAAAACUGGCAUUCUGUAAACAAGACGAAUCCUAUGUCACGGCUUUGCAAAUGUCUCCAGGCAUGGAGAUUGCAGUCAAAGAACUCCAAGCCGCAGGGUUGAUUCGUCAAGAUGGUCGAAAUUUUGUCAUCCAUCGUGUCAUUCAAGAGGCUAUGAAUUACAUCGACCUGGGUGAGAUCCAAGAGUCCUUCGAUGCAGCUACGGAGCUCCUGCAUGAAGCUUUUCCAAAGCAAAUCAUGGGCCGUCCCCUGCAGACAAUGUGGCCGAGAUGCAUGAUGUUCGUGCAACAUGUUGUACAUCUCACCAAGGCCUUUUCGACCUAUCAGACAGGGAGCCAGGGCUAUGUCACCCCCAAACUCAACUUUAUCCGGCUUCUAUCUAAUUGUGGAUGGUAUCUGUACGAAGUGGCUGACUACACCGAGUGUCUCGAAAUGAUGGCAAUUGCAUGCUCUGCGAGCGACGAUAAAGGCACCCUUCUGUAUUCUCAUCUGCUCAACGCUCAAGGCGCGGCCUACUACGACCAAAACAAGCUAAAGAAAGCUCGUGAAGCUUUCAACACAGCACGUGUGCUCCGUGAGCGCUGGCUAGAGUCGAAUCACCCACUGGUCGCGAGCAGCAUUGCCAACAUAGCCAACAUAGAAUGUGCUCUCGGCUACCUAGACGACGCUCAACAGUUGUACGAACAGGCGGCUCGCAUUCGCGAGUCACACGGCGAGGACGAGCUUCCGAUGUUGGGCCUGAAUAUCAUGUCGCUAGGUCGAGUGGCCUUCCUACGCGGAGAGACGCACUUUGCCAUCAAACUCUACGACAGAGCAGAAGCCUGCUUCAUGCGUAAGCCGAAUGCGUCGCAGCACCUGAUGGCAGCGUUGCAUUACGCACGGGGGAACCUGGAGCUCGAAAGCCGAAACUACGCACAGGCAACGGCGCAGUACGAGAAGUGCCGAGAUCUCUGCCAUAUCCUGUGGCCUGUACACCCACUGGCCGCUGCGACGUGGUACAAAUUGGGUGUUGUUGAGAUGGAACGAGCACCGGGUCGGCGAUAUCACGACAAAGCUCUAUCAUACCUUGAGAAGGCAUACAAUAUUGCCACUAUUCGGAGUUCCGGUGAUGUCGAUGGCACCGUGGCCCGGAUAAUGUGGCGGUGGUCUGAGAUUCUCAUCGAAGAUCCCUUGCAACGACUUGAAGGCAUCAAGAUGAGAGACGGUCUUAAACUCGAUGUCACCGACAUCGCCAUGGACUUGAACAUCACCGUACAUCCGGAGUGGUCCGAGACUGAGACUUUUGAUAGGCUUGUGCCGGGCUACUUCAGAUGA